CUCGGGAUCCCACUGUGCUCCUAUCUGAAGAAAAAAAUCCCUGCCACCCGUCAUCAUGGCCUCCAGCAUUUCGAUGAGGAGUUUCUCCAUGAACCGCCAGCCCUCCUUUUCCAGCCGUUCUCUGAUGGACACGGGCCGCGCUCGCUCCCGCGCUUCGGUGUCUUUCGCCGCCGCCAUCCCGCUGAGCCGCUCGGCCUCUGUCAGCCAGGAUCUCAACGGGCCAAUGAGCCUGCAACUUAACGGAGUGCACGGCAACAGCACCAACGACAAGGAAGCCAUGCAGAAUCUCAACAACCGUCUGGCCAACUACCUGGACAAGGUGCGUACACUGGAGCGCUCCAACGCUGACCUGGAGAUGAAGAUUAAGCAGCUGAUGAUCGACCGCAUUCCUAAAGGUCACGACCUCGACUCCAUGAUGGCUCAAGCUCACGCUGUUGAGCAAGAGGUGAGGAAGAGGACCUUGGAAAACGCUCGUCUCAUGCUCGAGAUCGAUAAUGCCAAACUGGCUGCUGAUGACUUCAGAAUCAAGUGGGAGACAGAGCUGGUGAUGUGUCAGUCUGUGGAGCGUGACUGUGUCGCUCUGAAAAAGGCCAAAACCGACCACGAGCAGAUCAUCGCCUCUCUGAGGGGAGAUCUGGACAGCCUGAAGGAAGAGCUUUACUUCCUCAAGAAAAACCAUGAGGAGGAGCUGGAGCAGAUGAAGUCUCGUAUUGCCAGAGAUGAGGUGAACGUGGAGGUGGACUCUGGUGUCAGCGGGCCGGAGCUGGGCACCAUUCUGUCAGACCUGCGCUCGCAGUAUGAGGGGAUUGUCAAGAAGAACAAGGACCAGGCAGAAAUGUGGUACCGCAAGAAGCUGGAGACUGUGCAAAACGAGGUGAAGGAGAGCAACGAGGCUCUGAGGGGAUCUCAGAACGAGCUGAUCGAGAGGCAGCGCUUCCUGCAGACCCUGGAGGUGGAGCUGGAGAGUCUGCACAAACAGAUAGCGGGGCUGGAAGGUAACCUGGGUGAGACGGGUCAGAAAUACUCGAGUGAGAUGGAGCGGCUGCAGGCCAAACUGAGCCAGCUGGAGGACGACCUCUCCCAGCUCAGGCUGGACAUGCAGCGCACCAAGACCGACUACGAGCAGCUUCUCCGCAUCAAGCAGAACCUGGAGAUGGAGAUCGCCACCUACAGGCGCCUGCUGGAGGGAGAGGAAACAGUCAAGGAAGUUCCUCCUCCACCAAAAAAGGAGCCUGACGUUCGCACCCGGAAGAUUGUGAAGGUGGUGACUCAGACGAUGGUCAACGGCAAAGUGGUGGACGAAUCCAGCGAGGUGGAGCAGAUCGAGGAGACCAAGAAAUAAAGAAAAAAGGGGGGAGGGGGGACGGAGGACGGGGGAAGAUAAGUGGUAGGACGAAAGAUGCUAGAAUGUGCAGAGAGAGAGACAGACAGGGAAUAAAAAGAUUGGUGUCAGAAUAUUACACGAGGUGUGGUGCAUCGUUUAUUCUUACAACAGAGGAAAUAUUGCUUUGAACUGGACAUUUUGGGGAUAUUGUUCAACUAUGAAUGUUUUGUGUUUUCAGAGAAAAGUUGACCUAUCACUUACACUGUAUUUCAUUUCUGGAGAAAAUGCCACAAACACACCAUAUGUCCAGAAUAAGGGCAUGUCUGUGUUUGUGUGAGAGCAACUCAUUAACCACCUUAUACUGUUAUACUCGUGCUGUUUUACUCAUAAUAUCUGUGUAGUUAAACAAGAUAUUUAUUUCUUAGCAUGGAAAAGUUUACUACUUUUACGGACUUUUGCAACAGUAUCAUUUAACCGUAUUUGCUUUUUUUGUGUUUGUACUCUGUCAAAAAAUAAAGUUUCUCUGCUCC